CAGAAAUUUUUAACUUUAUAUACUCCGUAGAUUAGAUUAAAAAUAAAUUAAUAAUAUUUAUUUUGAGUGUCUAAAUUGAAGUGUGAGGGAGGGAGUAUAUUUUUUCAAGUUUGAGGGAAUGGAGUGAUGAAUGACAAUAAUCAAUGGCUUCUUCUUUGUUGCAAUGCUGCAAAGCUUCAGCUGCUGCAGCAGUUUCAUCAUCUCUCCCACUCUCCCGUCUCCAUUUCCCCCACAAACACUCAUUUUCGCCGGAAUUUCUCAAGAUCCGCCGACCCUCCGCCUCUCCCCCGCCCUCACCUCUCGUUUCCCCUUCUCCGCCGUCUCCUUUGCAGCUCCCUACCUUUUCCUCCAAAGAGUUGCUGGAGCAUUUGCUGAAGAAGGAGGACUUGAGCGAAGAAGAAGCGGAAGCUUCGCUGGAGUUGUUGCUCGCUGAUGGCAGCGAAGCUCUCAUUAGCGCUUUCCUUGUUCUGCUGCGAGCCAAAGGAGAAACCUUUGAAGAGAUUGUAGGACUAGCUAGAGCCAUGGUCAAGCGUGGCUUGGUAGUUGAAGGCUUGGGCAAUGGUGCGGUGGACAUUGUGGGGACGGGCGGUGACGGGGCGAACACGGUGAAUAUUUCCACCGGAGCCGCCAUUCUCGCCGCCGCUUGUGGUGCUAAAGUUGCCAAGCAAGGAAACCGGUUGAGCUCUUCUUCUUGUGGUAGCGCUGAUGUUUUGGAAGCCUUGGGCGUGAACAUCGAAUUAGAACCCGAGGGAGUGAAGAAAUGUAUGGAUGAAGCAGGAAUAUGUUUCAUGAUGUCUCCGUACUACCAUCCGGCAAUGAAGAUUGUAGCACCUGUUAGAAGGAAGCUUAAAAUAAAGACAAUCUUCAACUUCCUAGGCGCCAUGUUAAAUCCAGCAAGGGUGCCUUUUGCCCUUGUUGGCGUCUACGAUCAAACCGUUGUCAGCAAGAUGGCCAAAGCCUUGCAAAGGUAUGGGAUGAAGAGAGCAUUAGUAGUUCACUCAGAGGGCUUAGAUGAAUUGAGUCCUCUAGGGCCCGGGGUAAUACUUGAUAUCACACCAAAGAAGAUUGAGGAAAUUCAUUAUGAUCCAUUAAAAUUUGGGAUUCGUCGUUGCAAUUUGAAGGAUCUGCAAGGAGGGGGUCCGGAGUAUAAUGCUGAUAUAUUAAGGCGUGUGCUCUCGGGCGAGAGAGGGCCCGUCGCAGAUGCAUUUAUUUUGAAUGCGGGCGGUGCACUAAUGGCAAGCGGACAUGUGGCAACAUUGGGAGAGGGAGUAGACGUAGCUCGGUCCACGCAUGCAUCCGGGAACGCCCUCUCCACGCUUUCCACUUGGAUCAAUGUCUCAAAUCGUCCAACCCACCAACUCUGGAUGCACGAAGAACUAUGAUAAAGAUAAGAUCAAAACUCUCGAAAUAUGAUCUUUAUUAGCUUAAUUCAGCUUGGGUUUACAGAGGAGAUUUUACACCCUAUUUAUAGUUUACACACUACGGUGUUUGUGGUAAUCGAUCAUUGUUCUGUUUUCUGGCCACGAUUGAUCUGAUCGGCGCCAAUUGUGGGCGGAGAAUCGAUCAUCAAUCACCCACAAUCCGUGGGAUUGAUCUUCUCUUGCCAGCUAGUUCGGGGCCCAAGCCCAAUCUCUCAAAUGAUCCCGUUCGGCCCACUCUACACAAAUGUCGGACAGAUUAACAUUAUAGCUUACUGGGCCGGUUCUAUAUCUUGUUGGGCCAUAUAUCCAUCACAAUGUGUACCAUAGAACAAAUAAAGGCGUAUAUU